AUGGCGGCCUUACAAAAAACUGGUAAAAAACGCUCUGCGCCCUCACAAAGUGGACCGAAAUCGAAAAAAGUCCAUGUUGAAAACUCAAAAGCGGAUAAAAAACGAAGCCAACCUGUAACGCGUCCUGUUGUAACCCAAGAUUCAGAAUCCGGGACAGAGGAGGAAUUAGACGAGGUUGAGGAACCUUUGGAAGAGGAUGGAUUACAAGAGGCAGACGAUGACCAGAUGCAAGUUGAUACCCAGGUGGAACAACGACCCAAAGAUCCAAAUGCCGCUCGUGAAUCUCAUAAAGCACAAAAAAUUAUACAUGAACAACGCCGUGCUGCCAAACCCCAUUCUACUCUGCUUGUAGAUGCCAAAAAAGUCUGGGCACUCGCUCGACAGAAAAACAUUCCAACGGCCGAACGAACGAAACAUAUCAAGGAUUUGAUGAACGUUAUUCGGGGAAAGGUUACAGAUAUUGUCUUCAAACACGAUGCCAGUCGUAUCGUGCAGACGGUUGUAAAACAUGGAGGCCAGAAAGAGAGAGAUGAGGUCGCAUCAGAAUUGAAGGGGAAGUUCAAAGAUUUGGCCCAGAACAAAUAUUCAAAGUUCCUAGUCACCAAACUGAUCAAACUAUGCCCUUCGCACCGUGCUUCAAUUCUUUACGAGUUCCAGCCAUACGUUCUCCGAAUGUUGCUCCAUCGCGAGUCUUCCUCCGUAUUAGCUGAUUCAUUUGAGCUUUACGCCAACGCAUACGAACGAACAAUCCUAUUGCGGGAGUUUUAUGGGAAGGAAGCCGGGCUGUUCAGUCUAACCAGUGGUAGUGAGGAAGACAAGGAGAGAGCAAAGAAAGGUCUAAGUGGGGUUCUGGAAGGAGCAGACAACGAAAGACGAAGAAGAAUCCUCGGUGCAGUAAAAGACAACCUUGCAACGAUAUUUAAUAAUUCUGACAAAGGCGCUGUCACCCAUGCGAUUGUCCAUCGAGCAUUGUGGGAGUAUAUCACUGCCAUUAACACUGUCCCCGACGAAUCAGAACAGGAAAAAUUGAGAAGAGAGAUCUUCGAAACGUGUCAAGACAUGCUCGCCGAGAUGGUGCACACAAAAGACGGAAGCCGCGUCGUCCGUCAAUUCCUUGCCCAAGGUGGUGCAAAAGAUCGAAAGCAAAUUAUGAAAACACUAAAACCCCACAUCGAGCGUAUGUGCCUUGACGAUGAAGCGCAGUUAGUCCUGUUCACAGCAUUAGAUGUGACCGACGAUACUAAACUCCUCGCCAAAAGCCUUGUUUCCGCCAUCACUACUGUCGCCCAAAAAUUGUACUCCAGUCCCCAAGGUCGUCGAAGUCUUCUUUACCUUCUCCUUCCUCGAUCAAGACGGCAUUUCACCCCUGCUCAGAUCGCAUCUUUGGCUGAAACAGAUGAGAUUCGGUCACGGACAAGUAAGAAGAGCCCGGAGAGCAGAGAGGAAGAAGUGAGACGCGCGGCGAGUGAAGACCUCAUAAGAUGGGUUGAGCAGUCCGGCGAGAGUUUGGUUCGGGAGCCAGCAGGGUGUUUGAUCGUUACCGAUAUCAUGCUCUAUGGCGAAGGAGAUAAAUCAGAAGCUACUUCAACACUUUUGAAAGCCUUGUCGUCACCAACAAUACCGGAACCUCAUCCCAUUGACCUCCCACCAACAUCCCGAGUUUACAAGGCUCUCCUCCAAGGCGGGCACUAUAAUCACACCACUGGUGCCGUUGAGCGUGUGCCUACGACUUCGUGGGACUCUUCGGUGUUUGCUAACCAGUUCCUCAAAAUUGUUGGCCGCGAGGCCACUGUAUCCAUGUGCCAGGGUAAUGGAAAUGGGGCGUUCGUGGUUGCAGAACUUUGUGAGGCCUUGAUAAGAGCUGAAGCUUCAGAUGGGCGGAGAACCUUGAAGGCCUGGUUUACGGAUGAGCUGGUAAAGGAGAUUGAAGCCAGUGAAGCGAAGGGUAAAAAGGUAUUGUUGGAAAAACUAGCUUUACUAUAA